AAAGCCAGCGUCUCCGCCCCACGUGACUCACGCCGAGCGAAGCGGCAAGAUGGCGGCAGUAGCGGGGCCUAUUCAGAGGCUGAGUUACAGUCACAAGAAGUUCAGAGCCUUACUUAAGAAAGAAAAACGUAAGCGAAAGCGCCAGGCAGCGGCCAAACAGAGAGACGAAGAAUUAGUUUGUGAAGAUGAGGUAGAAGAGGCAGAAGAGCCUGAAGAAGAAGAGUUGGAGGCUGAAAGGGAGCGUUUGCAUUUAGAAUGGUUGGAGAAAGAAAAGAAGGCACAGGAGGAGUUCCAACUAAAAAAGGAAAAGGAAGCAGCAGCACAGAAAAGGCAGGAAGAGGAGGAGAGGAAAAUUCGAGAAGAAUGGGAACAGCAGCAGAUGAGAGAAAAGGAGGAAGUAGAGCACAAACGUCAGGAGCGAAGAGAACGAGAGGAAGCUGUUCAGAAAAUGCUGGAUCAGGCGGAAAGUCAGAUUGAGAAUGGUGGCAUGUGGCAUAAUCCAGAAGCACCAGAAGAUUAUGGGACAGAAAAGGAUAAGUCAUAUUGUCCAUUCUUUCUUAAGACUGGGUCUUGCAGAUUUGGUGAUAGAUGCUCUCGUAAACAUGUUUACCCAGCGUCAAGUCAGACUCUUCUUAUCAGGGCCAUGUUUAUUACUUUUGGCAUGGAGGAAAGUAGGCGAGACGACUAUGACACUGAUUCUGGUCUGGAGCACAGUGAAGAGGACAUUUACCAGCAGUUUAUAGAUUUCUAUGAAGAUGUGUUGCCUGAAUUUAAGAGCAUUGGAAAAGUUAUACAAUUCAAGGUCAGUUGCAAUUAUGAGCCACAUCUCAGAGGAAAUGUAUAUGUUCAGUAUCAAAAAGAGGAGGAAUGCCAGCAGGCCUUUGCAUUAUUCAAUGGGCGUUGGUACGCAGGCAAACAGUUGCAGUGUGAAUUCUCACCAGUAACCCGAUGGAAAACAGCAAUAUGUGGACUUUACGAGAGGCGCAAGUGCCCUAGAGGCAAACACUGCAACUUCCUUCACGUGUUCAGGAAUCCUAACAGUGAAUUUUGGGAGGCUGAUCGAGAUCUUUGUAUGUCACCGGAGCGCAGGAAGUUCCAUUCUAACAAGUAUUCUGAGAGGCGAGAACGAAUGAGCCAUCGUUAUGAUAAUCACAGUGGAUCCAGGAGGAAGUAUAGUUGUAGUCCAGACAAGAAGCAGAAGAGGUCUGGAGAGCCUGAAAGGAAAAGGAAGAGAAGCAGAAGCAGAGAUAGGAGAUGGCUGCAGAGGUCCAGGAGUAGGAGCCAGGACAGAAAACGGUCCCGAAGCAGAGAGAGGUAUUGCAGAAGCUGGAGUAAAGAAGUUCGCAAAUCACAGAGGUCCCGGAGCAGAAGUCAAGACCGAAGGAGGUCCAAAAGUAGAGAGAGAUGUCGAUAUAGGUCAAGGAGCAGGAGUCCAGAUCGGUCAUUGAGCAGAAGUCGGUCUAGAUCUAGGAGUAAUAGUCAAGACCAGUCCAAUAUCAAGGACCCAGAGACAGAGAGAUCACGGUCAAGAAGUCGAAGUCCUCAUCAUGGGUGGAACAAGAAAAGCAAGAGGGAAUCAGAAAGCAAAGAGAAAAGAAGUAAAAAGAAAGCAAAGAAAGGUAAAAAAACCAAGAACAAGUCUGAAAACAAAUCAAAAGACUUCAAAACAAAAAGACUAGAAUGUGAUCAUAAACACUUGCCAGCUAGUUCAAUAGCAAAGGAAACACAAGUCACUUUAGAUCAUCCUGAUCUGAGAAGCUUCUCCACAUCCCCUAGUGCGAAGAGUUCUGAAAGUGAUACCACAACACCUGCCAAAUUGGAUGAAACAAUUGAAGAAGCAGUUGACGAAUGAAGAUAAUUUUUUUUAAAACACAGAGACUUAUCCAAGGUUACAAAACAAGGACUAUCAGAAUGUUUUGCAAAAUCCUUCAUUUUCCUUGUCUUGAAUGGAUGCAGGAUGUCUGGAUUCUACUGGUGAAAGUGGCAGGGAGGUGCACUGAUCAGCUGAUGGGCUUCUUGAGGCUGAAAUGGGUGGAAGGAGGGAUUGAGCAGAGUGGGUAACAGCAAAGAUAUAAGUGGGAAUGGCAUACUCACAGCAUAGGUACUGAUGUAAAGUUUUUAUUCAGUAUUCCAUUACAUUAUCUGCCUUCCAGGUGAAGUGCUGCAAGAUGCUUUGUCUUUGGUUCCCAUAGAAACACUGCAAAACUGAAGAGAAAUUCUUUAAGGGACUGCUCUCCUGUUGUAGGACUGGAAAGACUGGUUGGAAUUUGCAUGCUCUUUGCACUUGGGAGUAUCUUGAAAGAAUGCAGAAUCCUUUGUAUUUUGGGAGUUAAGAUCAGUUUGGCACUAGUUUUGUUGCGCAUGUUGAGCAACUGUAAUAGUGUGUUAUCAUUGCGGUUUCAGAAUGAGAUAAAACUUCUGUCACGUGUCAUAUUUGCCUGCUUGAACCAGUACUGGGACCGUGGCUGCCAGUACUAUAGAUGGAAUGUAAAUUGAAAUACAGUUGUUAAUCAUACAUGUUACAUUUUAGUCAGUUUCUUGUAUAUAUGGAUUUAUAAAGGAAGCUUACUGUCUUGUUAAUGAAGUUGGGACUUGUGCCGCAACUGAAGCUGGCCUUUAUUUCAAUGGUUAAUUAUCAAUGUGGAUUACAUAGCCAGCAUACACGUCGCUAUCUUUCUCAUUCAAUAUCCAUUUUGCUUAUAAGUGUCCCACAGUGUGCUCAGUAUUUUUUAUUUAGAGGUAGUGUGUGGAAACAGGCCCUUCCAGCCCACUGAGCCAUGCUGUCCAUCAGUCUAAUCACAGGGCAAUUUAACCUAACCAGUGUGCCUUUGGACUGUGGGUGGAAACCGGAGCACCAGGAGAAACCUGCGCGCUUCAUGUACGAGCUUUCCUAAGAGGGUGCCGGAAUUGAACUCCGAACUUUGAUACCCCAAACUGUGCUAACAGCUAUGGAAUUAACUUUUAUGCUAUUCUGUAAAUUUUAAAUCUAAUACCAGAACUCUAUAAAAUUGCAUUUACAAGAUUUAAUUUUAUUUAGCCCAGAGCAAUUGUGACAUGCAAUAUUGGGUAAAAGAACUGUAGUCUGAGAAAAGAUGCAAUUAAAGAAUAUAAGUAAGCACUAACAGAAAUAGGCAAAGACAGCAUAGGUUUUUGAAAGGGAAAUCAUGCUUAACAAAUUCACUAGGUUCUUUGGUGAUGUUAAUAGACAAGUUAGAGUGAGUGAAUAUAUGGUAGGUGACGUUAACAUGCAAGAAUUAUAACUAAGGUUAUAAACCUUAGUUGUAAAAUACAGAUGGAUUAGGAAGGAGGAAGAUUCAAUGAGACCAAGGUGUUCUUGCACAACAAUCAAUGAAAGCAGAUAGGAAGGCCAAUGCUCCAUUGUCCUCCAUCAAGACUAUUUGAAUUCAAAGCAAGGUCUUGGUAUGCCCCAUCUUGAAAAUAUAUGCACAAUCUUGGUCUUGUCAUAAAGGGUCACAAGACUAAUACAUAGCAUGAUGACAUUAACCCAAAGGGAAACUCAGCCCUUGAUUAUAGAAUGAAAGAAUCUGGAAGAAACCUAUAAAAUUCCCACAGUACUGGACAGACAGACUAGUAUUCCCAAUCCAAAAAAAAACAUUUUAGACUCGAGGGAGGAAGCCUAAUUUCAAAGAACUUGGAUACCAAGAUCAUCUUUAACUCUAAAUGUAUUUAAUGAUAUUCUAGAAUGUGUCUGCAGCAGAAUGGAAGAGUUAAUGGCAUUAGUGAUAAUUUUUCAAAACUCGUUAGAUUCUGGACUAGUUCCUGAGGAUUGGAGG